UGGAUUUUGUGGGUGGGGUAAAUGGAGUUUUAUCAAGGCGUCAUUUAUUCACGGUAAUUAUUCUGUAUAAAAAUUAAUAAAUAAUAAAGUUUUUAACAAUAAUCAAGUAUCAACAUAACUAGAAUAAAAAUCCAAGGUCGUUGUCAUUUGAAUAAUAACAAUAGAAGAAAUAAUGACAACUGACAAGGUAACACUGGGCGAUGCCCUGUCAAAUGUCGAUGUACUUGAUGAAUUUACAUUACCAGAUGAACAACCUUGUAUUGAGGCACAACCAUGCUCAGUUGUAUAUCAAGCAAAUUUUGAUACAAAUUUUGAAGAUAGAAAUGGUUUUGUAACUGGUAUUGCAAAAUAUAUUGAAGAAGCAACAGUACAUGCUAGUUUAAAUGAGCUACUUGAAGAAGGUCUUGAGCAUGCUGUUAUGUUAUAUACAUGGAGAUGUUGUUCACGUGCAAUACCACAACCAAAAUCAAAUGAACAACCAAAUCGUGUUGAAAUAUAUGAAAAAACAGUUGAAGUACUUGCUCCAGAAGUUAAUAAAUUAUUAAAUUUUAUGUAUUUUCAAAGAAAAGCUAUUGAUAGAUUUUCAGCUGAAGUUAAACGUUUAUGUCAUCAUGAAAAACGUAAAGAUUUUGUAUCUGAAGCAUAUUUAUUAACACUUGGUAAAUUUAUAAAUAUGUUUGCUGUAUUAGAUGAAUUAAAAAAUAUGAAAUCAUCAGUUAAAAAUGAUUAUUCAACAUAUCGUCGUGCAGCACAAUUUUUAAAAGUCAUGUCUGAUUCACAAACAUUACAAGAAUCACAAAAUUUAUCAAUGUUUUUAGCAACACAAAAUAAAAUACGUGAUACUGUUAAAGAAAAUUUAGAAAAAAUAACUGGAUAUGAAGAAUUACUUGCUGAUGUUGUUAAUAUAUGUGUACAUAUGUUUGAAACAAAAAUGUAUUUAACACCAAAUGAAAAACAUAUGCUAGUUAAAGUAAUGGGUUUUGGUUUAUUUUUAAUGGACAGUGAAUUAUGUAAUAUAAAUAAACUUGAUCAAAAAAAAAAGCUUAAACUUGAUAGAAUUGAUAGAAUAUUUAAAAAUCUUGAAGUUGUACCAUUAUUUGGUGAUAUGCAAAUAGCACCAUUUAAUUAUAUAAAACGUUCAAAACAUUUUGAGGCAUCAAGAUGGCCCUUAUCAUCAUCAUCAAAUUCAAUGUCACCACAAGCUGAUUUAAUGGUACAUUUACCACAAAUACGUGAAGAUCAUGUUAAAUAUAUUAGUGAAUUAGCAAAGUAUAGUAAUGAAGUUACAACAACAUAUAAAGAAUGUGGUAGUGAUAAUGAAAAUCAAGAUACAGCUGAAUUAGCAUUACGUGGUUUACAAUUAUUAUCACAAUGGACAAGUGUUGUUACUGAAUUAUAUAGUUGGAAAUUAUUACAUCCAACAGAUCAUCAUAUGAAUAAAGAAUGUCCACAAGAAGCUGAAGAAUAUGAACGUGCAACACGUUAUAAUUAUACUGAUGAAGAAAAAUUUGCACUUAUUGAGGUAAUUGCAAUGAUAAAAGGUCUACAAGUAUUAAUGGCACGUAUGGAAACAGUAUUUAUUGAUGCAAUACGUCGUAAUAUUUAUGCUGAAUUACAAGAUUUUGUACAAUUGCUAUUACGUGAACCAUUACGUAAAGCAAUUAAAAAUAAAAAAGAUUUAAUACGUAGUAUUAUUGUAUCUGUACGUGAAACAUGUGCUGAUUGGCAUUUUGGUGUUGAACCAUUGAGUGAUCCAGCUCUAAAAGGUAAAAAAGAUCCAGAUAAUGGUUUUGGUAUUAAAGUACCAAGACGUAAUGUUGGUCCAUCAUCAACACAACUAUAUAUGGUUAGAACAAUGUUAGAAUCAUUAAUUGCUGAUAAAAGUGGUGGUAAAAGAACACUACGUAAAGAUAUUGAUGGACAAUAUCUUGUACAAAUUGAUCAAUUUCAUAAAACAAGUUUUUAUUGGUCAUAUUUAUUAAAUUUUAGUGAAUCAUUACAAAAUUGUUGUGAUUUAUCACAAUUAUGGUAUCGUGAAUUUUAUCUUGAAAUGACAAUGGGAAGAAAAAUAAAUAAAUGUCAAGUACGUCAUCAACAUAAUGAAGAAUGUAGUGAUUUAAUAACAAUGGAAAAAAGAAUACAAUUUCCAAUUGAAAUGUCAAUGCCAUGGAUAUUAACUGAUCAUAUAUUACGUAGUAAAGAACCAUCAAUGAUGGAAUAUGUAUUAUAUCCACUUGAUUUAUAUAAUGAUAGUGCAUUAUAUGCAUUAACAAUAUUUAGAAAACAAUUUUUAUAUGAUGAAGUUGAAGCUGAAGUUAAUUUAUGUUUUGAUCAAUUUGUUUAUAAACUUAGUGAACAAAUAUUUUCACAUUAUAAACAAUUAGCAUCAUCAAUAUUACUUGAUAAACGUUUUCGUGUUGAAUGUGUUGCACUUGGUGCAUAUUUAUUACCAUAUCCACGUGCAAAUCGUUAUGAAACAUUAUUAAAACAACGUCAUGUACAAUUACUUGGACGUAGUAUUGAUUUAAAUAAAUUAAUAACACAAAGAAUUAAUGCUGAUAUGCAAAAAAGUUUAGAUUAUGCAAUAAGUAAAUUUGAAUCUGGUGAUAUAACUGGUGUUGUUGAACUUGAUGGUUUAUUACAAGUUAAUCGUUUAUGUCAUAAGUUAUUAUCAAAAUGGCUUGCACUUGAUGAAUAUGAUGCAAUGUUUCGUGAAGCUAAUCAUAAUGUAUUAGCACCAUAUGGUAGAAUAACAUUACAUGUUUUUUGGGAGUUGAAUUAUGAUUUUUUACCAAAUUAUUGUUAUAAUGCAGCAACAAAUCGUUUUGUUAAAUGUCGUGGUUUACAAUUUGUACAACCAGUACAUCGUGAUAAACCACCACAAAUGUCACAUCAUUAUUUAUGGGGUUCAAAACAAUUAAAUUUAUCAUAUAAUACACAAUAUGGACAAUACAAUGGUUUUGUUGGUCCAUAUCAUUUUCGUACAAUGUGUAAAUUACUUGGUUAUCAAGGUAUUGCUGUUGUUAUGGAAGAGCUAUUAAAAAUUGUUAAAUCAUUAAUACAAGGUAGUUUAUUACAAUUUACAAAAACAUUAAUGGAAGCAAUGCCAAAAGUAUGUAAAUUACCACGUUAUGAUUAUGGUUCACCAGGUGUACUUGGUUAUUAUCAUGCACAAUUAAAUGAUAUUGUACAAUAUCCAGAUGCUAAAACUGAAUUAUUUCAUACAUUUCGUGAAUUUGGUAAUACAAUAUUAUUUUGUUUAUUAAUGGAACAAGCAUUAUCACAAGAAGAAGUAUGUGAUUUAUUACAUGCAGCACCAUUUCAAAAUAUAUUACCACGACCAUAUUGUAAAGAAGGUGAAAAACCAGAAACAAAACAAAAAAGAUUAGAAGCUAAAUAUUCAGCAUUACAAAUUGUACCAAAUGUUGAUAAAUUAGGUACAGCUAAACAAGCUAUGAUUGCUAGAGAAGGUGAUUUAUUAACAAGAGAACGUUUAUGUUGUGGUUUAUCAAUAUUUGAAAUUGUAUUAAGUAGAUUAAAAAGUUUUUUGGAUGAUCCAAUAUGGGUUGGACCACCACCAACAAAUGGUGUUAUGAAUAUUGAUGAAUGUACAGAAUUUCAUCGUUUAUGGUCAGCAUUACAAUUUGUAUAUUGUAUACCUGUUGGUGAUACAGAAUUUACUGUUGAAGAAUUAUUUGGUGAAGGUUUACAUUGGGCUGGUUGUGCUAUGAUUGUACUACUUGGACAACAAAGACGUUUUGAAGCACUUGAUUUUUGUUAUCAUAUAUUAAGAGUACAAAGAGUUGAUGGUAAAGAUGAAAAUGUUAAAGGUAUACAUCUUAAACGUAUGGUUGAUCGUAUUAGAAGAUUUCAAGUAUUAAAUUCACAAAUAUUUGCUGUAUUAAAUAAAUAUUUAAAAAGUGGUGACAGUGAUUCAACAAGUGUUGAACAUGUACGUUGUUUUCCACCUCCAAUUCAUCCAUCAUUAGCACAUUCACAACAACAACAUUAUCAUGCACCAGAAUAUCUUCGCCAAAUAAAUCAACAAUAAAUUUU